CCCUUGGCUCUGAUGUGACAUUUAGUUAAAUAUUGGAAGUAAAGGCUUCUCAGGUGAGACUAUGUACCAACAAGACAAAAAAGAGGUCCUUUUGUGGCUCUGAACCUCUGUACAAAAUAACCUUUGAGCCUCAUAAAGUUCAGUAACGUAACACAGGUUACCUGAGAUCCUCCAGCGCUCAAUAUAAGCCUUUGCAUCCCUUUUGGCGACACACUGGUGAAGACUCUGCCGGGCAGUCCUCAUGAACAGAAGAGAGAAGAAAAAAUGAUGACCAACAUCUAUCCACCAGAAGGGUCAGAGAAGAUAAAGGGGGUCUCAUAUAGGAGAAAAGAUAGCAGCCGAUGGAUGACUGAAGUCAGCAGUACCAUCAAUGGAUCUCCAGAACUUCUCCCAUCCUUGGAUUACAGAGAAGAGGAACCUCCAUCCAGACAUCACAAGUACCACGCAGCUUGCCAAAAAAUAAUACCCUUCCGCUGUGCCUCAGAGUCUAACCCUUUGGAUGAUGCUGGGUUCUUCUCCUUUUCGACGUUCUCUUGGAUGACUCCCUUGAUGUGGAAGCUAUUCAGAAACAAACUAGACAAGAAUUCUUUGUCUCUGUCUACACAUGACGCUAGUCAAGUAAAUGGAGAAAGGAUUACGAAGCUUUGGGAUGAAGAAGUGGCCAGAGUGGGCAUCGAGAAAGCAUCUUUGCAACGUGUGUUCAUACGUUUUCAAAGAACACGAAUGAUUAUUGGUUUUUUAAUUGCCACGUUAUUCACAAUAACAGUUUUUCUAGGACCGUCUGUCCUGUUGUAUGAAAUUCUGAACUUUGUGGAAAAUCAAGGAAUGUCCUCUCUGGAACAAGGACUGGGCCUUUGUGUGGGCCUUUUCAUCUCGGAAUUUUCCAAAGCUUUUUUGGCAUCGCUUCUUUGGGCUAUGAACAUACGAACUGGCACCCGGCUCAAAAACGCAUUUUCAGUCCUGGCAUUCCAGAAGGUGAUUUCUUUAAGGGUGCUCAGUAACAUCUCCAUCGGAGAGGUGAUCAACGUGUUGUCAAAUGAUGGAUACCGGAUGUUCGACGCUGUGCUGUUUGGAACCUUCAUCUUUUGCAUACCGUUGCUGUUGGUAGUAUGCGUUGUGUACUCUUGUUACAUCUUGGGAUACACAGCACUGAUUGGGGUGCUCGUAUAUAUUGUCUUCAUUCCAAUCCAGUUUUCAAUGGCCAAACUCAUCAACACAUUCCGAAGGAAAGCUAUAGUUGUUACAGACACUCGUGUUCGUACCAUGAACGAGAUUCUCAUGUGCAUCAAGCUCAUUAAAAUGUAUGCGUGGGAAAAUUCCUUUGAGGGAAAAAUCGCUGGGAUCAGGAAGAAAGAGAAAAAUAUUCUGGAGAAGGCUGGCUACAUUCAGAGUGUCAACUCCUCUGUUGCAGUCAUUAUUCCCACCAUUGCCACAAUCCUGACCUUUGUGGUGCACACAUCCCUGGGGUUUCCGCUGAACUCAUCAACCGCGUUCACGGUCAUUGCCGUCUUCAACUCCAUGAGAUUCUCACUAAGCCUCCUGCCAUUCAUAGUCAAAGCCUUUGCUGAGGCUAAAGUCUCCAUGGCUCGCUUAAAGAGAAUACUCCUUAUCAACAACCCAGAUUCUUACGUGACCAAGACAACGGGGACUCCGAAUGCGCUGGUCGUGGAACAUGCGUCCUUCUCUUGGUAUGCACCUUCGACUGGAUCGGGAAAAGGGCCGUCCACUAUCUCCAAUGGGCUGCAAGAUGGAAAUGACAAAUCCCAAAUUCAGAAUGGAGCCUCUGAAGCAGCGAAAGGAAAGGCUGUUCUGAAGAAUAUUUCUUUCCAGCUACCAAAGGGAAACCUUCUUGGAAUCUGUGGGAAUGUAGGAAGUGGAAAGUCGUCUUUAAUAUCAAGCCUUCUAGAUCAAAUGUACCUUCAUCACGGAUCAGUGAUGAUAGAUGGAACGUUCGCCUACGUUUCCCAGCAGGCUUGGAUUUUCCACGGGACGUUGCGGGACAACAUUCUCAUGGGAGAGCCCUUUGACAAGGAAAGGUACAGCCGAGCCAUCAAAGCCUGCAGUCUUCAGCCUGAUUUAGACAUUCUUCCCUGUGGAGAUAUGACUGAAAUUGGCGAAAGGGGCCUGAACCUCUCUGGAGGGCAGAAGCAACGCAUAAGCCUGGCCAGGGCUGUAUAUUCCAACAAGGACAUUUAUCUCCUGGAUGACCCCCUGUCAGCUGUCGAUGCUCAUGUGGGGAAGCACAUCUUCGAAUACUGCAUUAAGAAGGAGCUGAAGGGCAAGUCCAUCGUACUGGUGACACACCAGCUCCAGUACUUGGAAUUCUGUGAUGAAGUUGUUCUGCUAGACAAUGGGGAAAUACUGGAAAUUGGGAACCACGCAGCCCUGAUGAACUCUGGCGGUCGCUAUGCACACCUGAUUAAUAACUUUCAGAUGGAAAAAUCGCAAGAUCAAAAAGAGGAAGAAACAAAAGUUCAAACAGAGUCCAAAGAACAGCAAGAGAAGAGCCCAGAUAUGGCAAAUGGAAUAGACAAUCCCGCAUUUGACAUGUCAGAUGAGAUCAAUGACACAGAAGGCCCAAGGAAAGAGUCAACUGUGCAGGAUAAUACAGACAAAAAGGACCAACUAGUGACCCAGGAGUCCUCCCAGGAAGGUUCAGUCACAUGGAGGACCUACCAUCAGUACUGCAGAGCAACUGGGGGGUAUUUCCUGCUUCUGCCAGUGGCACUAACCUUCAUACUGCUGGUGGGAAUGACAGCUUUUGGAAACUGGUGGCUGAGCUAUUGGCUAGAUCAAGGAUCAGGGGCGAACAUCUCGAACGCCAGCGUAGAGAUUUCAUCAAACAUCUCCGAGAACCCCGAUCUCUACUUCUACCAACUGGUGUACUGCAUGGCUAUUGUGGGCAUGAUCCUCUUCAGUGUCUGCAAAGGCUACUUAUUCACCAAGAUAACGCUGCACGCCUCCUCCAAGCUCCACAACAAGAUGUUCCAAAAGAUCAUCAACAGCCCCAUGAGCUUCUUUGACACCACGCCCACCGGCAGGAUGGUUAAUCGUUUCUCCAAAGACCAAGAUGAGCUGGAUGCUGCUCUGCCCUUCCACCUCGAGAACUUCCUCCAGAACUGCCUAAUAGUGAUUUUCACCCUCGGCACCAUCUCAGCUGUGUUCCCCUACAUGCUCAUCGCUGUAGUUGUGCUGGGUCUCAUCUUCUCCGCUGUCUUGUACAUCUUUCAGCGGAGUGUCAGAGAAAUGAAGAGGAUGGAGAACAUCAGCAGGUCUCCCUGGAUUUCCCUCACAAUGUCCACGAUCCAGGGCCUCAGCACUAUCCAUGCUUACAACAAAAGUGAAGAGUACAUUAAGAAGUUCAAGAUAAUGAUUGACAUAAAUGCAAACCAUUUUGCACUCUUCCAUUCUGGGACCCGGUGGCUGUCCUUCCGACUAGACUUCCUCUCUUCUAUCGUCAGCUUACUGGUGGCAUUGUUUGCCGUCCUGAGCCCAGACAGCAUAAGUCCAUCCAUGAGAGGACUGGCACUGUCCUACACUAUUCAGCUGACAGGAAUGCUGCAGUAUGUGGUGAGACUCUCAACAGAGCUUGAAGCUAAAUUCACCUCCGUAGAGAGAAUGCAGGAGUAUAUAACGAUCUGUGUCUUAGAAGCCCCCAGAAAGGUCACGAAUGCCAAGCUCCCGAGUGACUGGCCCGAUAAAGGAGCCAUUACCUUUAAGGACUAUCAGAUGAGGUACCGGGAAAACACACCCAUAGUUCUGAAUGGACUCAGCCUGAACAUUGGCGCCCGGGAGAAGAUUGGCAUCGUGGGGAGGACAGGCUCUGGUAAGUCUUCCCUCGGAGUUGCCUUGUUUCGGCUCGUUGAGCCCGUCGCAGGAAAGAUCUUCGUCGAUGAUGUGGACAUUGCCUUGAUUGGCCUGGAGGAUCUGCGUAGCAAACUGUCAGUGAUCCCCCAAGACCCCGUCCUCUUCAUUGGCUCUGUAAGAUAUAACCUGGAUCCCUUUAACAAUUACACUGAUGAGGACAUCUGGAGGGCUUUGGAAAAGACAUACAUGAAAGAUGCGAUUUCAACACUCCCAGAGAAGCUGGCAUCCCCAGUAGUGGAGAAUGGUGAGAACUUCUCGGUAGGUCAGCGGCAGCUCCUCUGCAUGGCUCGGGCAGUGCUCCGCAAUUCCAAGAUCAUUCUGCUGGACGAGGCCACGGCAUCCAUUGACUCGGAGACAGAUUUGCUAAUCCAACAUACCAUCCGUGAAGUGUUCCAGGAUUGCACCAUGCUGACCAUCGCUCACCGCAUCAACACCGUCGUGGAGUGCGACCGCAUCCUGGUCAUGGAGAACGGAAAGGUGGCGGAGUUCGACCGGCCGGAAGUACUUCUGCAGAACCCGGAGUCUCAGUUUGCGAUGUUGCUCGCCGCGGCCAACAAGGUGAACGAAUGAAGCGGAGCGGGAACGGAACCUCGGCGGGAAGACGUAACGGGUCCGCGCGAUGCGCGCGCGUCCACCGACAAGGCCGAACUGCGCGCACACAGGAACACGCAGGGAUACACACACAAACGCAGGCACGCACAUACUCGCACCGACACACUUGCCUACGCACACACGUGGUGCGCAUGGAGUUCCAGGGGCCGCGGCGAGGCUCUAAGAGGUCGCUCUACUGGAGCAUCGCCAACGAACCCACGCCGCUCCGUCGGACGUCGACGGGGCCGUUUAAACAUCAUUAAAGUUUCCUUUUAGUGAUUCUGCGCAGCAAAGUUCCCGAGAAGGAUGAUUAAAAAAAAUUAUAAGCGUGCUGUUUUGCGUGUGUAUAUUCAUAGCCAUGCUAAAGUAUCCAAUGAAAGUAUCUGCAGGUACAAGAACAUAUUAAUUUACAGAGAGCAAUUGAUGUUUUGUGAAAUGUUUUGUAACCCAAAGCAUAUUAUUUAAAGGCAUGUAAAUAUCUUUCGUUUCCAUACAAGAUGCCGUGUUACAUGCGGACUUGGCUACGCUGUGCAACUCUCAAGUUAUUUAUGAGCACGCUCUUAACGCUGAUCGCACGUGAUGAAAUCCUUUUCACUUUUUCUGCCUUGAAUUUAUUCAAUUAAUGUAAAGUGCCAUAUGUUAUAGGUGAACUUGUAUUACAAGCCCAAGGCAUGGGCGCCAUAAAUGUAUAAACUGAUGUAUGUUUUGUUACCUCGUUCAUUGUAACAUUUCUUUUACAUGUUAGCAGUUUCUUUUAUCAAGGAAAUUCACAAUAAAGUGUGCGCAUGACUGUAAAGUGAACAUUUCACUGAAAUCGCAAGAAUUACCUUAUUUAUCCAACACUUUUCUCCAAAGCAGGAUACAUCAGUUAUUAUGCUGUAUUUAGCUGACACAACCGUCCAGGGAGGAUUACGAUCUUAGAUACACGACGCUGAGCUCCCUAGUUAUCCACCCAUCUGUACACCAGAACAGCGUAGAACACAUUAAGGACCUGAAACAUGUCGUUUGACUGCAGCAGGAAACCAGAGCACCCACGUGAGCACGGAGAGAACCUGCGAACACCACAUAGCCUGAGCCAGAUUCGAACCCAUUUUAGAAUACGCAGCCCAGGCACUGGGGGGUACCAGCAUUCUCCGUUAUACCACAAUGCUAUCCACACCCAGGGCAAAAUUUAUACACCCCAAAAAUAUUGUGGUGUAGUAGAGUGAGUGCAGACAUGCAUGUACACAUGACCUGGUCAACCUCAAGAAGGUUAAAUAGUUGUAUUUAAAUAACAUGAAUGAAUGAAUGAAAAUGAUUUAAAGCCUUCAAAGAGCAUUUUAAGGAUCAUAGUCAGUUUUUUAGGGGUCGGGGGUCACAGAUGAUUGACAGCCGCCCGCUGACUUGACAAACCGUUCCUAAAUCAGUUUGUUUUACAUACAGUUCAUAACUUGAUCAUUCAGCCAAAAUUAUUUAUAUCUCUGAGGUUUUUGGGAAGCAUAACAAAUGGCAACUUGUACUAUAUGUGAAAGGGAUUUUUGGAGCCUGGACUAUUUUGUGUUUCCAGCUCUAGUUGGAAAAAAACAUUCAAACCAGCGGAUUCGCCGACUGAAAAAACAUAUCUUCAGAAAUUUUAUUCACGCAUACAGCUCCUUGCAAAAUUAUUCACACCCUUCACCAAUUUAAGUCAAAGUGGCUUUAUUGUAAUUUCAACCAUAUACAGCUGGUACAGUAUACAGCGAAUCGAAACAACAUUCCUCCAGGACUACAUAAAAGAACAAUAUAUUACGAUAUGUUCUGUUAUAAUAUAUAAAAUAAAAAAAACAAUAUAUUACAAUUUAGGGGGUGCGGUGGUGCAGUGG